AUGUUCAAGACAAGACCUGAACUCCAUGUCAACACCUUCAUCUCUGAGGUGGUCGCUCAGUUCAAAUGUGAAGUUCAGCAGAAAGCCAGCAGCAGCAGCUCAGAGCAACAAGCUGCCAAACCAGGAGAAGUUCCCUGUGACAUCUGCACUGGAACCAGACUGAAGGCACUGAAGUCCUGCCUGGUGUGUCAGGAGUCCUACUGUCAGACUCACCUGGAGCCUCAUUUGACAAAGAAAGGCCUCAAAAAACAUCAGCUGAUUGAGGCUGUGGAGAACCUGGAGGGCAGGAUGUGUAAGAAGCACGAUAAACCUCUGGAGCUGUUCUGUAAGAACGACCAGACAUGUGUCUGCGUGCUCUGCUCUGUUUUAGACCACAAGAACCACGAGUUUGUUCCUCUGAGAGAAGAAUAUGAAGGAAAGAAGGCAGAGCUGGAGAAGACAGAGGUUGAAAUUCAGCAGAUGAUCCAGAAGAGACGACUGAAGAUUCAGCAGGUCAAAGAGUCAGAGCUCAUAAAGGAGAUUGAAGACAAACAGGAAACUACAGAGAAACAGGCUGAAGGUCUCAUCAAAGAUCUGGAACAGGAAAUCUCUGAGCUGAAGAAGAGAAGCUCUGAGGACUGGACAGAGGUCAGCAUCCGUCCACCAUCAUAUGAGGGGACUGUGGUGAGAGCUGUGGAUCAGCUGGAGGAGACACUCAGGAAACUCAUGAAGAAGAAGCUGCCUGAGGCUACAGAGCUGAAGAAGGUCCAGCAGUAUGCAGUGGAUGUGACUCUGGAUCCUAAUACAGCAUAUCCUUAUCUCAUCCUGUCUGAUGAUGGAAAACAAGUGUAUCAUAGUGAUGUGAAGAAGAAACUUCCUGACAACCCAGAGAGAUUUACACGUUAUUGUAAUAUUUUAGGAAAGCAAAGUUUCUCUUCAGGCAGAUUUUACUUUGAGGUUCAGGUUAAAGGAAAGACAAAAUGGGAUUUAGGAGUGGCCAGAGAGUCGAUCAACAGGAAGGGAAAAGGGGUUUGUGGAUUAUGA